CUCGCUCUGACAGUGUUAAAUGAAGGCGCUCAUCAUGGCGCGUGUCGUGACAGUUUUUGCGCACCUGUACACAGCUGUGUUUUUCGCUUUAGCGUACAUGUCGCUGUUCGGACAGAUUUCAUGUCACAGUAGCGUUUUAAACCGGAGAAACGAACUGGACCGAGAGCUGGACAGCCACGGUGGGCAUGUAGUUGAAUCGCGUAUCCCAGCGCUCAGCCGCGGAGAUUACAGCGGGGACCCCGACGGACCGGCCAUGGGAGUUCCCCGAGUCCGGAGGGCAUCGAGACUGGACAAAGUCUCUCUGCUCAGCAGCUCUUUCGUCCUUAAAGGUGAUGCCACCCACAACCAGGCAAUGGUUCACUGGACGGGGGAGAACAGCAGCGUCAUCCUCAUUCUCACAAAGUACUACCAUGCAGACUCCAACAAAGUUCUUGAGAGUUCCCUCUGGAGAUCCAGUGAUUAUGGGACAACCUACAGCAAGCUCAACUUAAUGCCUGGGACAACAAUCAUAGUCACAAACUUCUACAUCUGUCCCACCAAUAAGAAAAAGGUAAUCUUGGUGAGCUCCAACAUCAAUGAACGUGACCAAAUGCUCUUCAUCAGCACAGAUGAGGGUGCAUCCUUCCAACGAUACCCUGUAUCCUUCACCGUGGAAACACUUCUCUUCCAUCCCUCAGAGGAAGACAAACUUCUGGCCUACACAAAAGAGGCGAAGCUUUAUGUCUCCACUGAUCUGGGUCACAAAUGGACUCUGCUACAGGAGCAUGUUACUAAAGACAGAGUUUUCUGGGCUGUGACGGGAGUGGAUGUGGACCCUGAUUUGGUUCAUAUGGAGAUUCAAGACAUCGGUGGUGGAUACCUUUAUGUGACAUGUCUCAUCCAGAACUGCUCGGAUAAAAUGGUGACAGCACAGUUCUUGGGGAAGACUGACCACAAUUCCCUCUCAGUGCAAGAUGAGUACAUAUUUGUAAAGGUAACCACAGGAAAUCAUACCAAGUAUUAUGUCUCGUACCGGAGGAAUGAAUUUGUUCAGAUGAGAUUUCCGAAAUAUGCCCUAGCAAAGGAUGUGCAAAUUGUGAGUACAGAUGAGAAUCAGGUAUUCCUGGCUCUGCAGGAAUGGUAUCAGACCGACACCUACAACCUCUACCAGUCAGAUCCACAGGGAGUCUAUUACUCCAUUGUGCUGGAGAACGUCCGCAGCACCAAACAGCCUGAAGAGAAUGUCCUCAUCGACAUCUUAGAGGUUCGUGGGAUUAAGGGCAUUUUCUUGGCAAAUCAAAAAGUAAAUGGAAAGGUGAUGACUCUCAUCACUUACAACAAAGGCAGAGACUGGGAACCCCUGGCCCCACCCACAGCUGAUAUGAAUGGCAAACCAGUAAAUUGCAUGCAGCCUGACUGUAACCUUAAUCUCCACUUGCGAUGGGCUGACAACCCGUACGUGUCUGGAACAGUCCACACUAAAGAUUCUGCCCCAGGCCUCAUAAUGGGUGCAGGUAACCUUGGGUCUCAGCUGGUUGAAUAUAAAGAGGAGAUGUACAUCACCUCAGAUUGUGGCAAGACCUGGAGACAGGUAUUUGAGGAAGAACAUCACAUUCUCUAUCUGGAUCAUGGUGGUGUCAUUGUGGCCAUUAAGGACACCUCGAUCCCUUUAAAAAUACUGAAAUUCAGCAUAGAUGAGGGCCGAACAUGGAGUGUCCACAACUUCACCAGCACUUCUGUUUUUGUGGAUGGACUUCUGAGUGAACCUGGGGAUGAGACACUGGUUAUGACGGUAUUCGGCCACAUAAGCUACCGUUCAGAUUGGGAGCUAGUGAAGGUGGAUUUCCGUCAGUCUUUCCCCAGACAAUGCACGGAAGCUGACUAUGACUCCUGGAAACUCACUGACUUACAGGGAGAGAAAUGCAUCAUGGGCCAGGAACGAAUGUACAGGAGGAGGAAAGAGGCAUCAUUCUGCAUUAAAGGGAAGAGCUAUACAUCAGUUCUAACUGCCAAACCUUGCCAGUGCACAGAGAAAGACUUUGCCUGUGACUACGGCUUUGAGCAAGCUCCCAGCCUUAGGUUAGAGGGUGAUCGCUGUUAUCCUGACUUUUGGUAUGAUCCUGACGCUCCUCCUGAAAACUGCCACUUAGGACACAGCUAUAAGUCCAGCACAGGUUAUCGGAAGGUUAUCACUAAUGUAUGUGAGGGUGGAGUGAAUAAAGAGCAGAGUGCAAAGCAGCAUUCUUGCCCUCUGCUGCCACCUAAAGGCCUGCAGCUGGGCAUCAAAGGACAGAUGCUUGCAGUGGCACCUGGUGAUGACAUCACAUUUAUAGUCCAUCAAGAACAGGGUGACACUACCAGCACCAGAUAUCAGGUAGAUUUAAUGGAUGGGGUCAGGGCUAUAUAUGAAAACCUGACGGUUACAGAUGAACCCAUUCAGCACCGUUAUGAGAGGCCAGGUGUUUACCGGGUUAAUGUGAAGGCUGAAAACUCUGCUGGACACGACCAAGCCACCCUUUAUAUUCAGGUCACAGCUCCACUAAAGGAUGUCCAUCUGGAGGUGGUCCCAAUUGCAGGCAGAAAUCAGGAAGUAAAUCUCACAGCUUUAGUGCUUCCUGCUGAGGCAAAUCUUACUGUGUUUUACUGGUGGAUCGGCGAUAACCUUCAGCCAAAGCUGACUUUGGAGAACAGUCUGAUCACGAGGUUCUCUGAGGAGGGUGAGGUUCCUGUGACGGUUCAGGCUUCUAAUGGCCGCUCCAUGGUGCAGGACAGCAAGACUGUCCAUGUUUACGAUCAUUUCCAGGUCAUCCCACUGAGUUUCAGUCGUAAUCUGGACCUCUUUAACCCAAACAUACCAGAGUGGAGACAAGAUGUGGGACAGGUCGUUACCAAGAUUCUGUCUAAGCUCACAGGGGUUCCUCAGGAUUCUAUGGUUACCAUGGUGAAGCCUGAUCUUCCCACCACUGCAGACCUGUAUGUUCUUCCUCAUGAGGCUACACCAGCGAAGAGGAGUGUGUUUGUGGAUAAGCAUGUUCCCACAAUAAAGCAAGUUCUGAGUGAGAAUAAUGUGAGCUUCAUUGUGAAAGGAGGUUUAAGAGUGAUGGUGACUCUGGCAGACUCAGAUGCAGGUUCUCAUCUGGGUGCAGCAGGUGCAGGUGUUUGGGCUCUCACAGUAAUUCUCCUUAUAAGCCUGAUCUCUGCUGCAGCCUUCAUGCUCUUCAAGUUUAACAGGAAAAACUACAAAAACCAUGGUUCCUUGCUGAGGCCAGAAGAGAGCAGCCUAACGCAUCCCUGGCUGCGUUUCAGAAAACUGCCAGGGAGAAACGUCUAUGCCCAGAUGCACAAUGAGAAAGAGCAGGAAAUGACCAGCCCUGUCAGUCACAGUGAGGACACACAGAACAUCAUUCAAGGGGAGGAGUUCAUCGAUGACGACCUUGACUCGCAGACUCUAGGUAACGCUGGAGGCAACCACUCGGGGGUGGUGUUGAGCAUAAAUUCACGGGAGCUGCACAGUUACCUGACCAGCUGAUGACCAUUGAGAGGGUGCCAGUGAAGAGCACAAUAGACUCUAUGCCUUCCUACUCUCUCCAGCUAUGUCCCUUCAGACACCCUUUCAGGAGAGAGAGAGCAGAGAAACACCUGCACCAAACCCUCUCUUCUCUGUCUUCUUCAACCCGAUCUCAUGAAGAUUCGUACAUAAUUUAUGAGUUGGCUAUUUCGUAUGGUCUUGAACAAUGUUGUUAGCAUAAACUCCUACGACUUCAUCACGUGCAAAUUCCCGGAUGUCUAAUGCGGAAGCGUGAGUUCCACGCACAAGGCGUUAAGGACAUACAGUAUUUAUUAAUAUUAUGCCCUUACUCAAACCCCUUAUCUAAACUUAACCAAUCAGUAGAGUGUGUAAACAUGAUAGGAAGCUGUUGUGUGUAACAGAAGCAAGUAGUUGUCGCGUAUUAAAUGGAAAUGAUGUCCAGCGGCGUCAUUGGCUGUAGUGAAAGUCAUAGGAAUUCAAACGAGUGCAGUCGCACGAUAUCAUACGAAUUAGCCAAAUUUAGAAAAGUCGUACGAAUCCUGACGAUUUCGCCGUGAGAUUGUGUUGGUCUUCUUUGUCUUUUCCAGCCUCUUUCCUCACUCCAGAAGGUGGAUUUAUACCCAACCUGCUGUGCCCCAGUUGCACUGAUGACCACUCACACUCACAUAUUGUUGAUCGGCCUUCCUCUCAUGUGCACAUCGUGCAAUCUGUUUCAUUCUCUCAUAGUUGCUGUUAUCAUGGAAACAGAGCAUGGCUCCUAUCCGUCACUGCACUUACUAAUGCCCAGGGACAAGCUCAUUGACCAAACUCUUUAUUUGUCAUCAUUCUCACUAUGUGACUGGUUUGUCAUGUGCACUUUUCUGUGUUUUUUACUCUUUCAUUCUUUCUCUGACCUGUCUGAAUACUGUUUUUUGACUCUCUCAGGCCAGGUGUUGUGGUCAUUGAAAAACUCUCACUCAAACUAGUCUCGAGGAUGAAUCCUGUGCAGAGGUGGUGCAAUGCACAUAGCGAGCAGGAUACAAAACAUGUUUGAUUCAGGGGAAGACAUUUUUGUUAGAUAUAACCAAAGGGAAAACACUUAAGAUUUUCUAAACACACUCACCUCAUUUUCUUCUUUUCUUUCUUUGUACAACAUUUAGUAUUGUAAACAUGUAUAAACACAUUUUAUUUGAACCCUUAGGGUUUCAAAAACAAUAACACAUCUCUCCUGCUUUUCAUUUUAUCUAUAACAAAAUAUGUUUUUGCUAUUUUGUGGAUAUUCUGUGCAGUAAAUUCAAGUAAUUUCUGUCUGUGCCCUAUAUGAGGGUUAGGUCAGAAACAUACUUUGCACAAGUACGUGAACGCAGAUGCAAGCGCUUGGCCAAAGCAUUGUCCGGUUGAACAUACUUGACAUGCGUUCUUGUGUUACUGUGGCGGUAACAAAUCUCCAUACUCAAGGGGGUGAUAGAGUUACUUUCAAAAGUCAGUGCCAUUAAACUGGAUGUGUUAUUAUUCAGGUAAGUUGAUUAUAUAUUGACUUUAACUUACUUGCUCAGCAAUAUUCUCUUUAAACUGUUGAUCCUCCACGACAGUAGUUGACAUGAAAGAGAAAACUCAUAGUAGAAACAGAAAGUUUACACUACUGUCCACCCUUGCUGAAACGUUGAGACUGCAACACGUACUUGCAUUAUGAACAGUGUUGGGUGUAACCUAAUUACUUUAGUAAUGUGUGUAUCGCAUUACAUUUAAAAUUCUAGUAAUCAGAUGACAGUUAAUUACUUCCAAGUAAUUCUUCUUACAUUACUUGGGUGACACAUUUCUAAAAUAGUUCUAAAUAUGUAGAAUUUAAAUCAUGAGUUGUUCAUAUGUACAUGUAUGCAUUUUUGUGACAGCUGAAGGGCGAAUGCCAGUUAAUAAGUCAUUGUAAGGGAGAAACACGUGGUGAUGAGUGUAUGACUAGCAUGCAACAAUGAACAAUGAAGAAAUAAAGACAUUAUUUUUGAUACGUUGAGCAAAAAAAAAAAAAAACGUAUUUUAGAAAGUAAUUUAAAAGUAAAUUAAUUAAUGAAGUGAUUAAUUUUCAGUGAAGUAACCUGAGUACAGUUUUAUAAAAUAAAUUAGUAAUUUGUUGUGGACUAAGCACUGAUUGUGAAUUGCGGUCCGAUACAUUUUGGAACACAACAAUGCAUGAAAAUCGAGCUUACGUAGCUAGAUGCCCCUGCGUUCAUGUACAUGCAUAGUAAGUUUCGGCUUUUACUGUUUUUUCCUCUCUCCAGCCCCACACCAUCAAUAGCUAUGGUCCAGAUAGUAAUUUCUAUGACAAUUUAAAGAUUUUUAACAUUGAUUACAUUGACCCCAAACAUGGUUUGCUUAUAUAGCAAGCAAGAAAUGUCAUGUUUUCGGUCAAGGAGUACACAAAUGAUAAACAGUAAUUUGUAAGUAACUGCCAAACCUUCACGGCUGGAAUCAUUUUUGAUGUUCUAAGAAAACCUGCACCAAUGAUAACUGUCCCCAGAGCCUAAUUCAUAUCUUGUUUCUCCAGGAAGUGUAGUGCCAAAUAUUCAUCAUGUGUCUUUAGUAUAAGUCAUAGCAUCUAAUCUAAUUCCAAUGCAUAAAAGCAUCUAAUCUGUGCUUUUUCACUGCAUAAUGAAACACUAUACUAUAACAAAUCAAAUUCCAUUGUUCAUCAUGUUGAAAUCCUAUGUGAAAGCAAGCUAAAUUCAUAAGCUCAUUUAUUUAUUUAACUUUAGAUUUGCUAACAAACAUCAGUCAUCAAAUCUUGACAGGGAGUCAACACGGAGUGGUCCACAGUGUAGCAUUUGCUACCUGUUUGAGGAGUUUGGCAGGUGUAGUGUCUAUAAGCCUAUAUUAGGCAUCGUAGGACAUGAUUAAUUUCCCUUUUGUUUGGCUUUAUAUAUAUAUAUAUAUAUAUAUAUAUAUAUAUAUAUAUAUAUAUAUAUAUAUAUAUAUAUAACAAUGUGUACAGAGAAAUUUCAGUUGUAUAUAGCCCCUCCAAAAUACAACACUUUCAAUAGACCAAAAUGUGCACCCGCCCCCCCCCCCUCCAAAUGCCUCGCACUGGGUUUUCUUGAAGUUCAGGAGUUCUGGACAUUAAAAUGAUCACUUCUACAUUUUGUCUUCACACAGUUUGUGUCAUCUCAUAAUUCUACUGUCAUUUCUCAUCUUUACCUUUAGCAAGAAACAUUUCCUUUUUUCAACAUUGUUUAGUGAAGAUUAUUCUUAAUAUUUAACUAUAUCUAUAACAUUUACACGCUCAUGACUAAAGAACUGUGUGAGAGGUGGUGCACAUACUGAUAUUAUUUUGGCAUAAUAUGGGUUCAGCUAUUUCAAUGAAGGUGGCUGUGUGAAUGGACUGUCGAAUGGACUGUUAAGACAGUCAUUGUCUUUAUGGUCUGUUGCUGUCAGUAUCGCUGGUGUUUUAGGAGUAUGAAUUAAUGAGGGUCUCUCACUUGCACUAUCACAUAGUUGUUAGCAGUGUUAUUCAGAUGGUUUUAGGGACCACUUCUUUUUCAAUGAGAUAGCUGUCUGUAAAUACAGAACAUGCAUCACUGAGAAAGACACUGUGGUUAGCUUGACUGCACUUGAGUAAAAUGAGAUUAUUAGUUUGGCAAGUCUACCAAAUGCUUGACACUUUGCAUUGUUUUUUUAAUCAAUUCUGUUGUGGAGCUUAAGCUGAUGUGAACUAUAUUUUUCAUGUUAAAUUGAAACAAGCAGACUGCUUCAUAAUGGUCUAGAAUCAAUGUCUCUCAGCAUCAAUCAAAAGGGAAGAUGGCCUCUCUUCACACUGACUCAGAAAUAUAUGCUAAUGUGUAUCAAUAAUAACACAAAUAAUACAAACCAGUGUUUCUAUACAAUGCAAUCAGUGUGGACUUACUGCAGCAGAAGUGGUACUGUCUAAAUUCCAUGCAUUUAUCUGUUUUUUUUUUCUUCUUUUUUAACCUGUAUACAGUAUGCAUACAUAGUUAUUUAGUGAUGUGUAAUCUAUAUUUCCAUCCCCUUUAACCCAAGUGAAAGAGGAAUUAUGAGGACGUUAUGAGCAAAAGCCUGAGAUGUGUCUACGGCCUUGUUCAGACUGUCACUAAAAUCCAAUUUUUUUGCAUAUCCAGAUUGUAUCCAGAUGAAUUUUUGAUAGUCUGGACAGCAAAAAACCACAUGAAAUCUGAUUUUUCCGAAUCUGAUUUUUCUGCACCGUGACUGGACAGGGCGCUUAUUUGGAGAGCGAGAUGAUGCACCUCUAUUUUUCCCGCAUCUGUUUUGAAAGCAUCGUUACGUGGAUACGCCUACGUCAUUACCAAAGCAACCCAUGCAGAUAGUUUGGUUAUGUCUGAACACGCAAAUCUGAUUUGAUCACUUGCAAUUAAUAGUGUGGACAGUCUGCCUGAAAAGAUCUGAUUUGAGAAAAAAUCAGAUUUGCCUGCAGUCUGAACAUAGCCUACAUCAGUUCAGCUUAGUGUCUGCACACUCCUGCAACAAGGCAUUUCUGAAAUAACACACACCUGGAUCCACUUUUUGAAUCUUAAAUUUACAGACUCAAACAUUUUGGAAAAUGUUUCUGCCUUUGCUUAAUUCAAUUUGUUCUUGUUGUUUCUUUUUAAUGUAAAUGUUUUUGACCACUGCAAAAAGUGAAAAGCACUUAAUCAGUGUGUCCUCAAACACACCCUAACUGUAUAGUUAUGUUUUGUUUUUUGAUCUGUUUAAUAAAGUUUUAACGUUCUUCAUGAAACUGGUAUCUUUAGUUUUUUUUAAAGGACUGUCUUUUGUGCGUAAGACACUAAAUAGCUAUAAAAAUGUUCUAUAAAAGUUACAAAACAUUAAAUACUGUUAAAGGGAUAGAUGACCCAAAAAUGAAAAUUCUCUCAUCAUUUA